AAGCGGUGCUGCGGGUGGACUUGGAUCUGGUGGGGACGGUCUCGGUCCCUCUCGCGGUCCGCCAUGGGCGGUGGCUGAACAAAGCUGGUUGACGCAAAGAGAGAGAGAGAGAGAGAGAGAGAGGAACACUUGAAACCAGGGGUGCUGGAUGAUUCUGAGCUCUUCGAGCUCCGCUGAAGUUUGUCGCUGCAUGGCGCAAUCACUUGGUGAGCUCGAUGGUCAAUUGAAUUUAUCUGGGUUCGUUGAUUUUACCAGAUUUGUUUAGUCUUUCCUCGUCAAUCAAUGAAAUGUUCCGCUAUCUUUCUUUUUCUUUUCCUUUUUUUUGCGGUUUUCGCCAUCGUUACGAUUCAAUUUCGCUCGAAUCAUCGGAUCCGAGGCGUAGACGAUGAAUGUGUGCACAGGCUUGAGGUGUACUGGAAUGUCGCGGCAUUUUCUUUUUUUGUAGGAUAUUUGAAGAGAUGGGCAUUCUUGAAAAGCAGGAAAUAGUUGGGCAUGUCAGCACUGAAGCAGAUGAGAAUUGAAAGUGUGAAGCAUGAGAUAUUAGGCAUGUCAUCGCAAUUUUAGCUUCAAUAUCUGCACAUAUGUCGUCUAAUUGUGUUCUUGGAAGCGGCUCAACCAUGCUGAUCAUGUCGCCGGCCAGCCCAUCUUUGGCUCGAGCUAAAAGUUAUCCAGUUAGCGAAACGGGAAUGAGUCCCAGAGCUGCGGUCUCGAGGCCUUUAAGAUUAUGUGGAGGUCCGUUUAGAAGUAGAUAUGCAUUGAUAAGUUCAAGCUUGAGGCCUGAAAAUGGAGGAUUUGGACCGAAACCUUUCCGGAUCGGUGAAAAAGAUGGUCUCAUCAUUGUUGACCAUGGGUCAAGGCGUAUAGAAUCGAAUCUAAUGCUUAAUGAGUUCGUGGCCAUGUUUCGAGAUAAAACUGGGUACCCAGUUGUGGAGCCUGCUCACAUGGAGCUGGCAGACCCAUCAAUAAAGGAUGCAUUCGGUUCAUGUGUUCAACAAGGGGUUACUCGUGUAAUAGUCAGCCCAUUCUUUCUAUUUCCCGGGAGACAUUGGCACACGGAUAUACCUUCUUUGACAGCUGAAGCUGCAAAGGAGCACCCUGGCGUCUCUUAUAUUAUAACUGCACCUCUCGGCUUGCAUGAGCUACUUGUGGAUGUCGUUAAUGACAGGGUCAAACACUGCCUGAGCCAUGUAGAAGGAGAUGCAGACGAGUGUGAAGUUUGUGCAGGUACAGGCAAAUGCAGAAUCUACUAGGUUAAUGGUGCAACAUUUUCCCUUCACUGGAAAUUGCCAUUGAAAAAAUCUGAGGGAAAUGUUGGGAAAUUGCUCCUCAGCGUGAUUGUCCUCCGCGGUCAAUCCAAGUGCAACUGCUAUUACGUGAAAAUCAUGUGGUUCCCAGAACCAACUGGGUUGAGGCCAUAAUGCAACGAUUUUGCAGUAAAUUUCUGGGGAGUAGGUGUUCCAGCAUGUGUCUAUUACUUCACGAUCAUCUCUCAACUUUGGCCUCAAUAAGGAUUUCUGGUUCAAACUUGUGGAAUGUGUUCUUCAUCAACUUAACUAGCUCAGGUGUGAUCAUCUCAACAGAGCUAGAUGCAAUCAGGUCUGGUAUUUAUGUCGACGAGAGUGAUUAGCUGAAUCUGAUGUCAUGAGUUUUCUCCAUUGUAAGAAAAACCUCUGUGAUUACCAUGCGCCACCUUUGUACAUCGUGUAGUUAUGCGGCCGAACUUAGUCUGUCUGUCAGAAUCUUCAUGUCACUUGUGUCUCUGUAUCAACAAGCAAUAAAAUUGCUACAACUGUCGGACCGGAUAAAGACGGGAAAGCACCACAACUCACUGUUUAUGACAGUUUGAUGCGUGAUGCUGUUACAAGUCACGUAGCAAUGUACACAUACGAACUGGAGAAGCCUCUCCUUGCAAUAGAAUGCUUGCACUGUUUAUCACCUGUGGUAUUACUUUUAGCCAAAUUUCUCACCUAUUGUAUUGCUGGGCAACUUUUUGAGUUUCCUAAAGAGACCUCAAUGAUAUCCUUGAUCUGCUUAUUCACUUCUUGUUCCACGUGUUUAAGCC